GAAAAGCAACCCGUCUCGCGUGCGGUUCGCCGAGGGCGUCACCAUCAACGGUUCGCCCAUCUACAAAACUCCGUCCGAGAUAUGUGAGAGCGGUGCGUCCCCUUCAUGCCCAACGUUCUAAAGGUGUUCUUAGAAAACGGGCAGACGAAGUCAUUCAAGUACGACACGAAGACGACCGUCAAGGACGUGCUAGAUUCCCUUCAGGCGAAGCUGUCCGUGAUGAGGACGGAACAUUUCUCACUAGUGCUGCAACACCGCAAACACUUUCAUCGCAGCAAGCUGAGCAUCCUGCCACUGUCGGAGACCCUCUCUCGCAUCGCCGCUCGCCCGGGUGCUGAGCACUUCCGUAUCCUGUUCCGCAUCACCUUUGUGCCUCAAGACGCCUGUGAUCUCGCCAAGAACGAUCCUGUAGCUUUUGAAUACUUUUAUACACAGUGCUGUAACGACGUCGUGCAGGAUCGCUUCAGUGCGGAUGUGAAGCCGGAUGUGGUGUUGCGCCUGGCGGCGCUGCACAUACAGCAACACGCGCUCGGCAACAACUUCACGGGAAAGAUCUCCAUCAAGCAAGUGGAGCGCGAAUGUGGGCUUGAGCAUUACGUCCCUGAGAGCGUGCUGAAUUCCAUGAAGCGCAAGGAUGUACGCAAGCUGGUCAGCCAUUACCUGAAGGUGAAUCCGAAUCUGGUUCCGAUCGGACAGAGGUCGCUGUCGGCAGAGCAGGCGAAGCAGCAAUACCUGAAGAUAGUCGCCGACCUGCCGUCGUUCGGUGUGAAACUCUACAACAUCCUGCUCAGGGUGAGAUAUACGCGAAGGCAUCCUAAAAAAUUUGUGGUGUGCAUAUAG